AUGCCGCUCCUGAAGGAUGCCAUGCCCCCACCACAGGCCCCGCUUCCCUGGAUCCUCCCCAGUCUGUUUGCUGCCUUCAAUGUGGUGAUGCUAGUGCUUUUGAGCGGCCUCUUCUUCGCAUUUCCUUGCAGGUGGCUGGCCCAGCACGGGGAGUGGGCUUUUCCUGUUGUUACGGGGGUCCUCUUUGCCCUCAGCUUCUUCUGUCUCAUUUCACUCAACUUCUCAGAUCCUGGCAUCUUGCAUCGAGGCUCGGACAAUCACGGCCCUAUGAUGGUGCAUGUGGUGUGGGUGAACCGCAGGGCCUUCCGCCUGCAGUGGUGCCCAAAGUGCUGCUUCCACCGCCCGCCUCGGACCUACCACUGUCCCUGGUGCAACGUCUGUGUGGAGGACUUUGACCACCACUGCAGGUGGGUCAAUAACUGCAUAGGUCACCGCAACUUCCGCCUCUUCAUGCUGCUCAUACUGUGUCUGUGCCUCUACUCAGCUUCCGUCCUGACCACCUGCCUGGUCUACCUGGUGCGCAUGAUCCACUUGCCCUUCUCCAUUGAGAAGGCCAUCACCAUCCUGGUGGCUGUGCCCACCACCGGCUUCCUGGUGCCUCUCUGCCUGCUGCUGCUGAUCCAGGCCAUGUCGGUGAGCGCAGGCAAGCGUUCCUACGAGGGCAAGUGCCAAUACAUGCAUGGGUACAACCCCUUCAACCAGGGCUGCGCCACCAACUGGUAUUUAUCCUUCUGUGCACCGCUGGGACCCAAGUAUAUGGCCAAAGCUGUGUGUCUACAGAGAGUGGUGGGGAGCAACUGGGUGUUCCUGCAGAACCUGCACAACCCAAACUGCGCUUCUGCACCUAGUCCCCUGCCCAUGCCUGAGCCUGAGCCUCACCUCCAGCCCCAAAGUUCAAACGUCUCCACAGCAAGCAGAAGACUCCCAGGGAAUGGCUUGUCUUCUUCGGCUCUUCAGGAGCCCCCUGCCAGCCCGGUGCUGCCCCUGCUGCCUGAGGCCCCCGAGCAAGCAAGGGUCGGCAUUGUUCGCAUCUCUUCACUCUGA